UGUGUGUGUGUAGGGGGUGGGGACUAACACUCUCCAAUUCCAUUUCCUCCUUCCUGCUUUCAGUCAUGGCGGCUGCUGAUCUGAGAGACGAGCUGAGCUGCUCCAUCUGCCUGAACAUUUACACUGAUCCUGUAUCCCUGCCCUGUGGCCAUUACUUCUGCCAGGGCUGCAUUGAGGGGCUGCUGAAUACCCAGGAAACAGCAAAAGAUUAUUCCUGCCCCGUAUGCAGAACAGAGUAUCAGGAGCGACCUGCUCUGCAGAGGAACAGAGCUCUGGGUAACAUAGCAGAACGAUUCCUUUCUACUCACCCAGAGCAGCAUGGGACUGGGAUCUUCUGCACUUACUGUGUCCAUUCCCCUGUACCUGCUGCUAAAUCCUGUCUGCAGUGUGAGAUCUCCAUGUGUGAUGUGCAUCUCACUGCUCAUAACCAGUCAGUGGAACACGUCUUAAUUGAACCCACGGCUUCCUUCAGCAACAGAAAAUGCUCCAGUCACAAAAAGCUCCAGGAGUAUUACUGUUGUGAGGAUGGUGCCUGUAUCUGUGCCUCCUGUUGCCUGGCCGGAGAGCACAGGGGCCACAGGGUGGAGAUGCUGAAUGAGGCAUCUGAGAAGAAGAAAGAGAAAUUGAGGAAUGUUCUGGAGAAACUGAGCCCAGAGAGAGACAAGACUGAGAGAGGAGUCCAGAGACUGCGGGAGUGCAGGAGAGAAAUGGAAGAAAAAGCAGAUGGUGAGACAGAGAGAGUCACUGGGCUGUUCAGGGAUAUUAAGAAACAGCUGGAAACGCUAGAGAAGCAACUCCUGAGUGACAUCUCCAGGCAGAAAGAAGAGUUUUCCCUCCAACUCACCAGUCUGAUCCGUGAGCUGGAAAUAAAAAAGGACGAGUUGUCCAGGAAGAUCCGUCACAUUGAGGAGCUGUGCAACAUGACAGAUCCACUCACUGUCCUACAGGAACGGGAAUCAGAUGGAGCUGCAUUUUUUGUGGCUGAGGGGGGAGAUAAUGAGGGCAGAGACAAUGAUGAUAUAAAGGUCCCUGUUGUAGGAGAUCUCAACGUAGAACUGAUCUCAAAGACAUUACUUACUGGCUUAGCUGGAAUUGUGACUGGGGUAAAUGGAACAAUGUGUGGGAAGGAGGAUAGAGACAUGUUACUGGAUAAAAACACAGCUGGGGAUGCUUCAGAUAUAGUGAAGGAAGAAAUGGUUCCUAUAUUAAUUACACCCCAGCCCAAUGACACUGUGGCAGAAGGUUCAGGGCUUUGUGCCUCUUUGCCUAAAAAGAGAAAAAUAUCUCAACCUGCCAACAGCAAAAAAGAAAAGAACGUCGGUCACAGAUCUCUGCAAUCGUCUGAUAGUCUCCCCAAAACAUCACAGUUGACUAGUAACCCAAGGACUUCCCUGUCUAAUUUUGCUAUAGACACAAGGUCCAUCUCUGUGUUUGGGCAGAAGCCUACAGACCUGGUACUGGAUACACACACUGUUGGAAAUGAUGUAUCUGUAUCAGGAGACAGGAAAACUGCUUCCUACUCACGCAGAGCCCAGUGUCGCCCACAAAGCCGAAUGAGAUUUCAAAUUCCUCAGGUUUUAAGCACUAGGAGUUUCAAUUCAGGGCAACAUUACUGGGAAGUGGAGGGCAGUGAAUCAGGAGGCUGGAUGGUAGGGGUGGCUUAUCCCAGUAUAGAGAGGAGAGGUAAACAAUCCAUGAUUGGCAAUAACAAGAAGUCCUGGUGUUUGUACAAACUGGAUGAUCUUUAUACAGUGAUACAUGACAGCAAAGGAUAUCAUUUAUCUGAUGUCCGUUCCUUCAGAAGAAUUGGAAUCUCACUGGACUAUGAGGCUGGAAGUUUGUCUUUUUAUGAAUUGAGUGAGCCAGUCAGACACUUACACACCUUCACUGCCACCUUCACUGAGCCCCUUCAUGCUGCAUUCUGUGUCUGGAUUGGUACUUGGGUGAGAAUCAUUAAUUAAGGUACUUUCCAUGACCAGGAGAAAACCCAUUCCUAGAGCUGCCUUUAGCCCUGCACUGCAGAUAUUUGGACUUUUAUGUACUUUUUGGGAGUCUUCGAAUUUAUACAUACAGCUUCACUAAGUAACAGGUGUUGCUUGGGUAUAGUGGUAUGUAUCCUUAGGGCUCUUCCUCACGAGCGGUUGUAGCUGCACUCCCCUGCGUUCCGUUUUUCUGCGUUCAGCCGUAGGGGAGCGCAGGAAUAGAUGCAUUAGCGCAGCUACAACCGCUCAUGAGUAAGAGCCCUUAGUGCAACAGGGUGUUCAUUUUGGGAAGGGGGAAGCUGCUGUGUGAUGCCAGGAAAAAAGAAGGGAUCUUGUGUUAUAUUUAUGUGGGCAGACAACCCUGGCAAUAACUGCUCAUCCAAGGAUCUUGCCUAAAUUAUAUUUCUUUCCCAUCCAAGUUACAUUAAACACUUAAAAUACUUUUGUCUUAGUCCUUGGUCAUUUCCCUUUUAUAUCAAUGUAGCAAAAUAGGCCCUGGAAUUUGGUACAUAAAGGCCUACAAAGGCUCACUAAAUAAUAACUGUCAAUGGAACCUUAAAUCAGCCUCUGUGGCAUUUGCCAGAAUCCACAGAUUGCCAGUUUUUGUCUGAUUGUAUAAAACAGCUGGAGUUGCUGAGGAAGGAGUAGGUUAACUACUCUUUGUUUGUGUUAAAUAAAUCCCGUUUGAGAGAGAAA